CUCGCUUACUAUAUCCAAGACUUGAGAGAUCUGGAGGUCUUGAACCAGCAAUCCCAGUAGUUGAAAUUAAUCGCGCGCUGGCCUUUGAUUACUAAAGUAUUAACUACACUACAGCUGACCGACCGACCGUUUAAGCGACCCUCUAUAAACGCGAUCCGAGCUAGAUAUACAAUCUGCACCGAGCCCAAGAAGGAUCUCUGUACAAACACUUGGAUCCCCUACAUUUGGAUUAGCUGAGCCUUAAUUACCUUUCGGAGUGCCCACAAUGCUGUCGGAUAUCGAUCAGCUGCCCUCGAUCCAGCUGGGAGAGUACACGCUCCAGUUCGAGCUGGGCGAGCCCACGGCCAUGGGCAAGGAGGUGGCCAUCAAGGAGCUGCGCGAGAGUCCAGAGCGCCAGAAGGAGGCCGUCAAGGAACUCGCUCGUUUGUUGGAGGCGGAGACCGAUCUGCACUAUCCCAAGGACAACGAGGAAUGGCUAAUACGAUUCCUGCGUCCGUGCAAGUAUUAUCCAGAGAGUGCACGCGAUCUGAUCAAACGCUACUACUCCUUCAAGGUAAAGCACUCGGACGUGUACAACAACCUGAAGCCCUCGGGCGAGGCCAACAUCUUCAAGAACAACAUACUGACCGUUUUUCCCAAUCGCGACCAGUGUGGACGCCGCAUCCUGGUACUGGAGCUGGGCAAACGCUGGAAGCACAAGCAGGUGUCACUCGAUGAGGUAUUCAAGGGAGCGGUCAUCUUCCUGGAGGCGGCCAUGCUGGAGCCAGAGACGCAGAUUCACGGUGCCGUCGUUAUCUUCGACAUGGAUGGCCUGAGUCUGCAGCAGACGUGGCAGUUCACGCCGCCCUUCGCCAAGCGCAUAGUCGACUGGUUGCAGGAUUCGGUGCCGCUACGCAUCAAGGCCAUCCACAUCGUAAACCAGCCGAAGAUGUUCAACGUGGUCUUCGCCCUCUUCAAACCAUUCCUUCGCGAGAAGCUGCGCGGCCGCAUCAUCUUCCACGGCACUGAUCGCGACUCCCUGCACAAGUAUAUGUCGCCCAAGUGCCUGCCCCCUGCCUACGGCGGCAUUCUGGAACUCAAGCGCGUGGAAAGCGAUCAGUGGUACCAGCUCCUUCUUAAGUGCGACACCGAGUUCGAUGCCAUUAACUCGUAUGGCUACAAAAAAAAGUAACGUGAUUGCUCGGUGUGCCUUCCGGGUCUGCAGCAAGUGAUAAUUUCCUUUUCUUUCCCCAAUAUGCCCCACAAUGCCCGCUCCACUCCACUGCACACUCAAAGUCACGCAAGUUAGGCAUAUAAUAGUUAAGCACUCAGUCUGUUUUACGCUUGUCCCGUUAGCGACAGCGCCUAGAGUUUGCCGUAGUCUUAAUCGAUCCGAUUCCAAUCCAGCGAAGUGUUAUACAUGCUCGUACAUAUUAUAUUUAAUCCGGGGUAAGCGUAUUUAUAUUGUGUUAAUACUUAUUAUACAUGUUAAACAAAUCGUUGAAAUAUAAACACACAUCCAUAUAAA